CUCCAGGACUCCAUCAACCAAAUCAUACUCGACCCCAGAUACCACGAACCUCUCGUACUCGUCAAGGCCGUACGCAAUGGGCUCGUCUAUGGGACCAAGAUUCGAUUUCCGCAUGCGCUUGUGUUAGUCUCCCUAUUCGGCUCGGGCACCACGCAGCAAAAGAUCAAAAAGAUUCUCCAGCUCACUCGGGACCAUGCCUUUGUCCUCGCCAAAUUCGCUUUCUUCUACAAGCUCAUCUGCAUGGUGCUGAAGCGGGCCAAUCGCGGCAAGGAACAAGCGGUCCACAGCUUCGUCGCGGGGCUAUCCUGCGGGUAUUGGGUCUUUGGUCGCAGCGCGGUCGCAUCCUCAAGCGUGGUGCAGCAGAUGGUGAUGUAUGCCAUGGGCCGAGUUAUGAUGGGACUGGCCAGGCUCGUUGUACAGGCACCGGGCGAGAAGUCUGCCACAAUCGCUACCCAUGAGGGAAGAGACUGGCGCGGGUCUCUCCUUCGUGCCGGUUGGCCUGUCUCUGCCAGUCUGUGUUGGGGGGUCGUCAUGUGGCUAUUCACGUGGCACCCAGAGGUGCUGCAGCCUACAUUGCGAAACAGCUUGACAGAUAUAUAUGUGAACUCGGAGAAAUGGGACGGCUUGGGCACUUUGCUGCUGAGAAAUCAUUGA